AUGGCGAUGAGGUGGUUUGAUGGCCUCAAGCCAAACUCCGUAAAUUCCUUUAAGCAGCUAACCCAGGCUUUCAGCUCUAGCUUCAUCACGAGUAGUAGGGUUCCUCGGCCUUUGGAUUCCCUCCUGUCCUUAUCCAUGCGAGAAGGAAAGACCCUGAAGGCCUACUCAGAUAGGUACUGGGAGAUGUAUAACGAGAUAGAGGGUAAUUAUGAUGACGUUGCCAUCAGCACCUUCAAGAGAGGCCUGUUGAUAGAGCAAUAUUUAAGGAAAUCCUUGAGCGGGAAACUGGCCACCAGCGUGUGUCAGCUUAUGGACCGAAUCGACAAGUACAAGAGGGUCAAAGAGGACCAGCAGAUGGGUAAGGGUAAAGCGAAGGUUGUCCCUCAGGAGAGGAGGGACUUCAGGUUAGACCGAUUUAGCAGCAACAAUCGGCUGAGAAGAGAUUACACGGAGCAGCCUAGAUCCGUCGGGGUGCAGGCAGUCCACGCUGUGUUCCGGGAUCCAUUACAUCAGAUCUUGAAGAAAGUCAAGAACGAGCCAUUCUUCAAAUGGCCAAAUAGGAUGGCAGGUGACCCCACAAAACGCAACCAAAACCUAUACUGUCAAUACCACCAAGAACCGGGGCACACCACCAAUGAAUGCAGGAACCUGAAAAACCACUUGGACCAGCUGGUCCGAGAGGGAAAGUUAAGUCAUCUCUUGUAUCAUACAAACGGCCGACAAGAAUGGACGAACGUUGAGACGCGGCAGGGGACCCUGAGUCUACCCAUUGGCACGAAAAAUGUCAUUCUCGCCGCUCCAGGAAGAACGGGCUCCCAUCCUUCCAGGGUAAUGUCGGUGGCUCAACUCCCUGCUGUGAACGAUGACCGUGAGUCUAAGAGAGCCAAGGGGAUGGCUUCACCCGUACUAGGAUUCUCGGAUGAGGACAAGAUUAGAACUAUUCAACCCCAUGACGAUGCUCUAGUCGUCACGUUCAGGAUUGGGGAAUAUGACAUCGAGAGGGUGUUAGUCGAUUAA